GUAGUGGGAGUGGCUACAUGGGUUUCCAAACGCUCGGCGGCGCCAUGGGCUUGAGAACUAAACGGAGAUGGAAUGUCCCAGUCUGAACCGGUUUCAGCCGGUUGCGAGUGUGUUGCACUAGAGCAGAAGCGCCUCUUUCAGUCUCCCAGUCUUUACUACCGCGCCUCAACCACUCGGAUAAACUUCAAAAUAUACCUAUUUUAUACCCAACUGAAGGAUAUUCCGCAUAUACAAUGUAUUACGGCCAUACAGAGAACUAUUAAAGCCGCCAGGAGCAGCGACAAUUCACUCGUGCAUUAAUUAUUAUAAUAGCAUUUACCUAUCUGGGCCUCACUAUCACAGUUGUAGUGGGUAUAUGGAAACAAGCCUGCCGUAGGCCUUUGGACUACAGACCCACAUUCAUUUAAUAAUUAUUUCCCAUUCAUUCGACACGCAAAAAAAUACUGUCAAGGGCGGGAUUGCAUUAUAAAUAUUUAUAUGACAAUAAAAACAAUAAAUUAUAUAUUUAUGUGAAGAAAGUGGAUGGUACAUUAGGGAACUUUUAUUUCGUAAACAUACACAGAUCAUUCAUUAAUUUAGCGUUGUUGGUAAGAAGGUUUUUUUUUUAUACAAAGUGGUUUUCUGGAUUCAUAAGGAAAAGUAAAAAUAAAGUCGUUUUCUUCAUCAUCCCUCUUCUGUGCUGCGCUGAAGAAGAGGCAGCUCCCGCUCUCGUAAUCUAUGCCAGCAAUUAUGACCAUGUUAGCGGACCAUGCAGCUCGUCAGCUGCUGGAUUUCAGCCAGAAACUGGAUAUUAACCUCUUGGACAAUGUGGUGAAUUGCUUGUAUCAUGGAGAAGGAGCACAGCAAAGAAUGGCUCAAGAGGUAUUGACCCACUUAAAAGAACAUCCUGAUGCUUGGACAAGAGUUGACACAAUUCUAGAGUUUUCACAGAAUAUGAACACCAAAUAUUAUGGGCUUCAGAUUUUGGAAACUGUGAUAAAAACAAGAUGGAAAAUUCUUCCUCGAAACCAAUGUGAAGGUAUUAAAAAGUAUGUUGUUGGAUUAAUCAUUAAGACCUCUUCAGAUGCAACGUGUGUGGAGAAAGAAAAAGUGUAUAUUGGUAAACUGAAUAUGAUUCUUGUUCAGAUUUUAAAGCAAGAAUGGCCAAAACAUUGGCCAACAUUUAUCAGUGACAUUGUUGGAGCAAGUCGAACUAGUGAGAGCCUUUGUCAGAACAACAUGGUCAUACUAAAGCUUUUAAGUGAAGAAGUGUUUGACUUUUCCAGUGGUCAGAUAACACAAGUGAAGGCCAAGCACUUAAAAGACAGUAUGUGCAAUGAAUUCUCACAGAUCUUUCAACUGUGCCAGUUUGUAAUGGAAAAUUCACAGAAUGCUCCACUUGUUCAUGCAACUCUGGAAACAUUGCUAAGAUUUCUUAAUUGGAUACCACUUGGUUAUAUCUUUGAAACCAAACUUAUCAGCACGUUAAUAUAUAAGUUUUUAAAUGUUCCAAUGUUUCGAAAUGUUUCCUUAAAAUGCCUGACUGAAAUAGCCGGAGUCAGUGUAAGUCAGUAUGAGGAGCAGUUUGUGACACUUUUCACUCUUACGAUGAUGCAGCUCAAACAGAUGCUUCCAUUGAACACGAAUAUACGACUUGCAUAUUCUAAUGGAAAAGAUGAUGAACAGAAUUUCAUUCAGAAUCUAAGUUUAUUUCUCUGUACAUUUCUUAAAGAACACGGACAACUCAUAGAGAAAAGACUUAAUUUAAGAGAAACUCUAAUGGAGGCUCUUCAUUAUAUGUUGCUUGUAUCAGAAGUGGAAGAAACAGAAAUAUUUAAGAUAUGCCUUGAGUACUGGAACCAUCUUGCGGCAGAGCUUUAUAGAGAGAGCCCAUUCUCAACAUCUGCAUCACCAUUACUUUCUGGUAGCCAGCAUUUUGAUGUUCCUCCCAGAAGGCAGCUGUACUUGCCAGUUUUAUCAAAGGUGCGCCUGUUGAUGGUCAGUCGCAUGGCUAAACCAGAAGAAGUUCUGGUUGUAGAAAAUGAUCAAGGUGAAGUGGUUAGAGAAUUUAUGAAGGACACAGAUUCCAUCAACCUUUACAAGAAUAUGAGAGAAACACUGGUAUAUCUCACUCACUUGGAUUAUGCGGACACCGAAAGAAUAAUGACUGAAAAACUUCACAACCAAGUUAAUGGCACAGAAUGGUCGUGGAAAAACUUGAAUACGUUGUGUUGGGCUAUAGGAUCAAUCAGUGGUGCAAUGCAUGAGGAAGAUGAAAAGAGGUUUCUGGUUACUGUUAUAAAGGAUCUUCUUGGACUCUGUGAGCAAAAGCGUGGAAAAGAUAAUAAAGCUAUUAUUGCUUCCAAUAUAAUGUACAUUGUGGGACAAUAUCCAAGAUUCUUGAGGGCGCACUGGAAGUUCUUGAAAACUGUAGUUAACAAGUUAUUCGAGUUCAUGCAUGAGACCCAUGAUGGUGUACAGGAUAUGGCAUGUGACACUUUUAUCAAGAUAGCUCAAAAAUGUCGGCGCCAUUUUGUGCAAGUUCAAGUGGGAGAAGUGAUGCCUUUCAUUGAUGAGAUCCUAAACAAUAUUAAUACCAUAAUUUGUGAUCUUCAACCUCAACAGGUUCACACUUUCUAUGAAGCAGUUGGGUACAUGAUUGGAGCACAGACAGACCAAACUGUACAAGAACAUUUGAUAGAAAAAUACAUGUUGCUUCCAAACCAAGUUUGGGACAGUAUCAUUCAACAAGCUACCAAGAACGUUGAUAUACUGAAAGAUCCAGAAACCGUUAAACAGCUUGGCAGCAUUUUGAAAACAAAUGUAAGAGCAUGUAAAGCAGUUGGUCAUCCCUUUGUUAUUCAGCUCGGAAGAAUUUAUUUGGACAUGCUAAAUGUGUACAAGUGCUUAAGUGAGAAUAUUUCUGCAGCAAUUCAGGCAAAUGGGGAAAUGGUUACAAAGCAACCGUUGAUAAGAAGUAUGAGAACUGUAAAAAGGGAAACUUUAAAACUAAUAUCUGGUUGGGUGAGCAGGUCGAACGAUCCUCAAAUGGUUGCUGAAAACUUUGUUCCCCCUCUUUUGGAUGCUGUUUUAAUUGAUUAUCAAAGAAAUGUUCCAGCUGCCCGAGAACCUGAAGUGCUUAGCACCAUGGCAACGAUCGUAAACAAGCUAGGAGGACAUAUAACUGCAGAAAUACCUCAAAUAUUUGAUGCUGUUUUUGAAUGCACAUUAAACAUGAUAAAUAAGGAUUUUGAAGAGUAUCCUGAACACAGGACAAACUUCUUUUUGCUUCUUCAAGCUGUAAAUUCACAUUGUUUUCCUGCUUUUUUGGCUAUCCCACCGGCUCAGUUUAAAUUAGUUUUGGAUUCUAUAAUAUGGGCCUUCAAACACACAAUGCGAAAUGUUGCAGACACAGGAUUACAGAUAUUGUACACAUUAUUACAGAAUGUUGGUCAAGAGGAGGCUGCAGCUCAGAGUUUUUAUCAAACAUAUUUUUGUGACAUUCUCCAGCACAUUUUUUCUGUUGUAACAGAUACAUCUCACACAGCUGGGCUAACAAUGCAUGCUUCAAUAUUGGCAUACAUGUUCAACCUAGUGGAAGAAGGAAAAAUAAAUGCACCAUUAAACCCAGCAAGUCCACUAAACAACCAGCUGUUUAUUCAAGAAUAUGUCGCUAAUCUUCUAAAAGCAGCAUUUCCACAUCUACAAGAUGCUCAAGUUAAACUAUUUGUGACGGGUCUCUUCAGUUUAAACCAGGAUAUUCCUGCUUUUAAAGAACACCUUAGGGAUUUUCUUGUACAAAUAAAGGAAUAUGCUGGCGAAGACACUUCAGAUUUGUUCCUGGAAGAAAGAGAAACUGCUCUUCGACAAGCCCAAGAAGAGAAACACAAACUUCAGAUGUCUGUUCCAGGCAUACUUAAUCCACAUGAAAUUCCUGAAGAAAUGUGUGAUUAGUUUUUAGAAGCCAAGUUGUAUAGUAAACUUCCUCCCUCUGAACAUCAACUUUUGUUCAGGAAAAACGUCACUUGGAUUAUCGUUGACCAAAAUGAUGCCAAUUUGUAAAUUGUCACCUAGUGGCCCUUUUUUCUUAUUAUGCUUUUUUGUAUAAGAAAUUUUCUGUGAAAUAUCCUUCCAUUGUUUAAAGCUUUGGUCAUCUUUUGGUUUGCAUGAAGUUAAGAAUUAAGGCUUUUUAUUUUUUCCCCCCUCCUUCAUGCCAAUUUUAUGGCUCUGGGGGUGAGAGAAUUUUGAACCUACAUGUCUGAUGUGGAAGCAUAUCCCCUAAUAGAAAAUACCAAAUAUUAGUUAUGACAGGCUAGGAGGAAUUUCAUUGACAACAUCAAUUGACAAGUAUGGCAUUGCUGCAUUUCUGAACAUUAUUUUAUUUUUAUUUUUUUCCCCUUGGGAGGGAGGGUUGAAAUGGGUUAGACUACGAUCUGCAAUUUGGAUAGAAUUAAAAAAAAACUUUUGCGGCAAGAUCAUGUGCAUAUCAUCCCAUUGUAAACCGUCUUCAGAAACUAUGGGAACACAGUACAGUUAGUUAUUUUUACACAGUUUUUGUUUUGUGUGUGUGCUGUCGCUUUGUCGACAACAGCUUUUUGUUUUCCUCAAUGAGGAGUGUUGCUCAUUUGUGAGCCUUCAUUAACGAGAAGUGAAAUGGUUAAAAAAAAAAUAUUUAUCCUGUUAGAAUAGGCUUGCAUCUUUUUAACAACUCAUAAAACUCUGGCUUUUGAGAUGACUUGUACUAAUUUACAUUGUUUACCAUGCUGUAGUGCUUUAAGAACACUACUACUUAAAAAUCAAAAUAAACUUGGUUUACAUUUA